AAGGCGCCAAACCUCAGGGCUCGGACCAUCCCAAAAGCACCACGGGGGCAUAUUCGUAAUUUUAGCAAUCCUUAAAUCCUCCCUAAACCCUAAUCUCUCCGGUCGCAACAUCCUCCUCUAUAAAAAUCCAAUGAGCCGAAGCUUCUGGACGCCAUCUGGGUACUCUUUUAAGUCAUCCCAUUUCCUACAUCGGCACGACGCUCAGCUUCUCCUCCUCCAUCAGUCUCUCUAACUGUGUCUCUGCGUGUUGAGUUUGUACUCUCUUCCAAUGGCGAAGCGUUUGAUUCCUUCCUUAAAUCGCAUUCUAGUUGAGAAGAUCGUUCCUCCGUCCAAAACUAGCGCUGGUAUCCUACUCCCUGAGAAAUCCGCGCAGCUUAAUUCUGGAAAAGUUGUUGCGGUUGGUCCUGGAAGUCGUGAUAAUCAUGGGAAGCUAAUUCCUGUUGGUGUAAAGGAAGGGGACACAGUUCUUUUGCCUGAAUAUGGAGGAACUGAAGUGAAGCUUGGCGAUAAAGAGUAUCGUCUUUAUCGAGAUGAUGAUAUAUUGGGAACACUCCAUGACUAAUUUUCCAAAUUCCUCAUUCAGUUGUCAGAUGAUUAGUUUGUUGUUGUUGCGGCUGGAAAUUGUUCUAUUAUGCUUGUAUUAGAACUCGUGAAAUUUUGUCUUAGGAAAAAAAGCCAACAAAUUUGAGAUGUUUGUUAUGGGAAAAUUUGCAUGCAGGAGAGUUUUGGAAUAACGCUUCUUUUCCUUAAGUAAUUUAAGUUUUUCCUUGGUGGUUCAUCUA